UCACUCCUUGCCUUCCAACUUUUGUUAUGGCCUUUUCAAUUCUACUCUGUUUCGUUUUUCUUCUUCCUUCCCUUUCUUCUUCCCCUGAUCCAUUGUGUAAUCACCUUGAUCACUCUGCACUUCUCCAAUUCAAGAAUCAAUUCACAGCCUCAUCUGUUUCAAAAACAAGAUCGUGGGGGAAUAGUUCAAAUUGCUGCUUGUGGGAUGGGGUCACAUGUGACUCUGAGUCUGGUCAUGUGAUUGGCCUUGAUCUUAGUUUAAGUUUUCUUCAAGGUCAACUCACUUCAAAUAGCACACUCUUUCAACUUAUUCAUCUUCAAACACUCAACUUGGCUUACAAUGAUUUUGAAGGGUCUUCAAUACCAUCUCAAUUCGGUGACCUUCCUAAUCUCACUCAUCUAAAUUUGAGCUUGUCUCUUUUUACAGGUGAAAUUCCUCCCAGAAUCACACAAUUGUCUAAAUUAGUCUCUCUUGAUUUGUCUGUUAUUUUGGGGAGUUUGAGACUUGAAAAAUCCACAUGGGAACAAAUGAUUUUAAACAUGACUGAUUUAAGAGAGCUUGUCUUAGAUUAUGUGAACAUGUCUUCUAUUACACCAAGCUCCUUUUAUCUGUUUGUGAAUUCAUCAUCCCCUUUGGUUUCCCUCAAACUUAAAGAUACUAAGUUGCAGGGAAACAUCACAAGUGACAUUCUUCGUUUACAAAAUCUUCAACAGCUAGAUUUGUCAGAUAAUAAUAAUCUUAAAGGUCAACUUCCAAAGUCCAAUUGGAGCUCUCCUCUCUCAUCUCUGGAUCUCAGCCUCACAUCUUUCUCAGGAGGAAUAUUUGAUUCGAUAGGUAAUUUGAGGCAGCUUAGUAAUUUAAAUCUGGGAAGUUGUGGAUUUCAAGGACCAAUUCCUCUGGGCUUCAAGAAUCUCACUCAUCUAACUCAUUUGAACCUUGGCUCAAACAAAUUGAGUGGUGAGACUCAAUUCCUUUCAAACCUAAAGCUUCUCUCUUCCUUAAUCCUUAGUAAUAAUGAUUUUAGUGGACAAAUCCCAUCAUUAGUUUCAAGUCUGAAACAUCUCACUGUCUUGGAUUUUUCAGAAAAUAAUUUCAAUGGUGAAAUCACAAAUGUGUUUGGAGAGCUUAGCAAACUAGAGAGUUUAUCAAUUUUUGGAAACAACAUAGGAGGACAGCUUCCACCUUUGUCUAAUCUUUCUCAACUCUCUUCUUUUGAUUGUAGCUUUAACAAACUAGUUGGUCCAAUUCCAAAUGAAAUUUGCAAACUUUCUAAGUUGGUUAAGUUAGAAUUGUCUCAUAACUUGUUCAAUGGAACAAUUCCUUCUGGGUGUUAUUCUUCACCAUCUUUGAAAGAUUUGCAUCUUAAUGACAACCAUCUUACUGGGUCCAUUAGCCAAUUUUCAAGUUACUCAUUGGAAAAGUUUGAUCUUUCCAACAAUAGGUUGGAAGGAAAUUUUUCAGAGUCAAUUUUUGGCCUCACAAAUCUUUCUCUCUUGAGUCUAUCCUCAAAUAAUUUGAGUGGACUGGUUGAUUUUUACCAAUUUUCAAAGUUCCAAAAUCUAGGGACUCUUGAUCUUUCAAACAAUAAAUUUCUUUCACUAAUGAGUGGCUUUAAUGAAAAUGUUGAUCUUUCACUGACCAAACUUUCAACAUUAAAUUUAUCUUCUUUAAACAUCAAUAACUUCCCCCAAUUUUUAGUGAAGCUUCCAGAUUUGAUGAUUUUAUCUCUUUCAAACAACAAGAUCCAAGGGACCAUUCCCAAAUGGUUCAAUGAUGUGGGGAAUGGUUCUUUGUUUUAUUUGGAUCUCUCUCACAAUCUUUUGACUUCAGUUGAGUAUUUUUCAAUGAGAGAUAUCAAAAUUCUUGAUCUUAGUUUCAACAAGUUACAAGGACAUCUACCAAUUCCACCUUGGGGUAUUUUGUUCUUUUCAGUUUCCAACAACAAAAUAAGUGGGCAAAUUUCAUCAUUGAUUUGCAAUGCAAGCUCACUUAUGAUACUCAACUUGUCUCACAAUAAUUUGUCAGGCCCUAUUCCACAGUGCCUUAUGGCCUUCCCAUCCAUUUCUAAUCUAGACCUGCGGAACAAUGGCCUUACUAGAACUAUUCCUGACAAUUUUUCAAAGAACAGUGCGUUGAAAACUUUAAAUCUCAAUAACAACAAACUUGAGGGACCAUUCCCUAGAUCCUUGGCUUAUUGUGAUCAACUUCAAAUUUUGGAUGUGGGAGAGAACCAGAUUGAGGACACAUUUCCCAAUUGGCUUGAAGGUCUACCAGAGUUGCAAGCACUUGUUUUGAGAGAUAAUAAGCUGCAUGGAACUAUUACUAGUUCCAACACCAAGCAUCCCUUUUGGAAGUUAAGGAUCUUUGAUAUUUCCAGCAACCAUUUCAGUGGGUCUUUGCCAGCAGCAUACAUCAAAGAAUUUAAAGGAAUGGUCAAGGUAGACAGUGUUGAAACAGGAUCACUGUACAUGGAAAAUAGAAAUGAUCCCUUAUAUCAGUAUUCAGUGAAGAUCAAUCUGAAAGAUAAUGCCAGGGAGCUUGAAAAGAUCUUAAAAGCAUUCACUAUUCUUGACUUGUCAAGUAAUAAAUUUGAUGGAGAGAUUCCAAAAGUGAUUGGUGAGUUAUAUUCACUGAAAGGACUAAAUUUAUCCCACAAUGGAAUCACUGGUUCUAUUCCUCAAUCAAUGGGGAAUUUGACAAAUCUUGAAUGGUUAGAUCUAUCAUGGAACAAGCUUGUGGGUGAGAUUCCUCCAACAUUGACAAAUCUCAACUUUCUGGCUAUUCUGAACCUUUCACAGAACCAGCUUGAGGGAAUCAUACCAAGAGGUAAGCAAUUUGACACAUUCUUAGAAGUUUCAUAUGAGGGAAAUUCAAAAUUGUGCGGAGUUCCAUUGACAAAAAGUUGCAGCAAGGAUGAAGGAAAACUGCCACAACCAUCUUCAUCAAUGUUCUUUGAUUUUGGUUGGAAACCAGUAGCCAUUGGAUAUGGAUGUGGGAUGAUAUUUGGAAUUUUCAUGGGAUAUCUUAUAUUCUUAAUUGGAAAACCUCAGUGGCUUGUUAGAACUUUUGGAGGUCAAAUUAAGAAACAAAAAAAAGAGACCAGAAAUAGAGUUCGUGCAAAUCGAGGAAGAACAAAUUAGCUGAAGAAUUUGGUUUUGUAUGAUAUUAUAGUUUCUGUGUGUUUGUCAGUUCCCCCCCCUUUUUGCCUUUCUUGUUUGGCAUAUCGUAUCAUGUUUCUCGAGUAUUCUGGUAAUAAUAUGAGCAUAGUAUUUUCUUUUUUCUAAUUUAGUAUGCUCUUAUUCU